AUGUCUUCAAGUAAGUCGAAGCGUGCCGGCAGUGGCCGCAGUUCUGUUAUUUCUGCCUCUGUUUCUUCUUCUCCUACCUCGUCAUCGACCUCUGUAAACACCACAAACGACCGAGAUUCGCCCAGCUCUACUGUCGCCGAAAGCCCUAGCACCAACGAGGAACAGCAGCAGCAGCAGCAGCAACUGCACAGCCAAAAGCAGCCAACCGUCCCGCCCGCGGAUUUAGCAUCCAGUCCGUCGGAAACUCCAGCCCAGCAGCCAGAGUCAGAUGGUGCCGCCAGUCAACCGCCUGCCAAAACCGAAACCGCUACUACCACUAAUAACACCAAACCACGAAUGGCCAGCGCAGGGCCAGUGCUCGCUCCUCCUCGGCCGGAAGUCCUCAGGAAGAAAUCCAAGCUGCAUCGCUUGUCGUCCUUCUUUCCGUCGCUGAUCAGUUACUCCUCCUCAGAUUCAAACACACUGCGAAAAUCGCAGCCGCACUCGAAACAAAAAGAAAAGUCGUCGUCGUCGUCGACCCUAGCCGACUGGGAAGCCCAACUUAAAAGUCGUUUUGACUCUCCCAGCACAGAUAAGCUCGCGCUCGACUCAUCCUUGACCUUGAACGGCAAGGCGGGCCAUCAGAGUCAAUCUUCCCUUGACGUUACAGAGAUGGGCAGACUCCAGAAGCAAACCCAGGCACCGCCGCCUCUGCCGACUUCACCAGCUCCUCCUUUGCCGCCCAAGACACCCGAGUUACCAAUUACUCCUAGUGACCCGGGUUUCAACUUCACAGAGACGCAGCCCUCCCCAAAGCUGACCAAGGCGAGGCGCAGGAGUAGCUCUCUUCACAACAGCCAAACUUCACCCCCUAAACAAAAUAACCUCGCACCUAGAGCGCUCUCCCCUCCCAAAGAGCCACGAGGAAGGAGUGCCUCGGCUCAACCCCCGAGCACUAAAUUGGAACCUGGAGCUAGCAACCGUCAAGUCUCCGCCACCGCAUCACUCGACUCCCGGCCAACCUCAAGCAAUGGCAGUCAAAGCCCAACACGCGAUAUGGAGAAGCGUGGACGCCUUCGAAAGUCCUGGUUUGGAGGCGGCAGGUCUCGCUCCAAUUCUCAAGACCUUCGAGGCUCUCCUGGAGGAGCUUGGACCUUGGGUCCGACCAAGGCCGACUACAAUACCUCGUUCCUCGAGAAGGGAGAGCGCGUGCCCGAGCUGUGGAACGAAAGCGGCAAUGUCUUGGUCUACCUUCAUCCAAAAGCAAGCGGCAAAGGACCUUCGUUCAAGGUCAUGUCAUUCGUGACCGACUAUUCGCUCUUCUUCCAGGAGUUGAUCGAAGCCGAGGUCCUCUCGUCGUCUGACAGCGGCGGACGGCCCCGCGGGCAGAGUUUCUCAGGCCGCGGCAGUUUGUCUGUCGGCGAUGCAGAGCGAUACGCCGAUACUCCGCCCUCGCCCCCGCUGAGCGAUUCGAACGGAGAAGCAAAAUUGUAUCUGUCGAGCGUCCUGGUCGGACAGCUCCAACCUGGCAAUGGCCCGCAGCCAGAUCUCGAACGUCUCAUUUCGCUGCGGAACAUGUUUGCGCUUCUGACAGGACAGCCGUUGGUCGGCAACAAGUCGCAACCGACUGUCUUUCCUGUUCUCAUGCGUGUGGCCAAUCAUUUCGCAGAGUAUGACUUUACCAGUGUAGAUGGAUCAACUUUUGGCGACUCGGUCGAUAUGAGUUUUGGAUUCUUCAUGGAGAGCAUGGCAAUUGCAGAUGUCCGGCACUCCCGGGAGAAGACACUCGAAGCUCUACUACUUGGUGAACGCAUGAAAUCAUGGGAGCUCUACAAUGAAGCCUUUUCGCACGCUGUAGGCAAGUACACUACCCUGCGCGAAUUGAACUCGCCUCUCUGGGACCAAUUGUCCGAGCACACGCGGCAAAGGCUAGACAGAGGGCACUUUGAGCUCCUCAACCGACAGAACAAUAUCAACAAUAGACUGGAGAACUUUGAAUUCCCAGCCCUUUUCUCGGGACUUGCCAAUUCGACAACACAAUACAAGAAUGUCAAGUUCGGCCGGUGGAAGUCAUCCUUUGGACGAAUGCGGUCAUUUGUCCUUGGCUACUACAAGUCGAGCUUCGGUAGUUGGCCGCCAAAAGCCCGCAGCAAGAAGAACCCAUUUACCGAAAGCGGACUCAACCGACAAGUCCUCAAGAUCCUCUACUCAGACUUGUGCGCCCUGUACGACCUCAUCGUUGACCGGACAUCCUUGACACCACGAUCCUUGGACUCGGACAAGAUGGAGGAGGACGAAAACGACCCAAUGUCAGCUCUACGCCGUAUCCUGACCGAGUAUGACAUGUCAUCACCUCCUGUCUUGCCUCCAAUCCCUUACGACACACCCAGAUUGCCCGACUUUAAAUCUGUCAAGGAGAAUUACUAUGAGCUUCCGGCCAAGGAGCAGAAGAGAUUGGACAGCAAUUAUCAACCCCAUGAAUUUUUGCUCAUUCUCAGCAAGUCAUACGAUUUUGAGACUCUGAGACUGAAGCUUCCAUUCCUUGAGCAGUUUACUGAUUUCGAGGAGAAGGAGGCCAAAGGCAAGCCGAUCAGUGAAAUUGCCGACCAAAGAAUCGGAUAUUUCCUCUUUCUCUAUGUGGUCAUCCAGUCGUUGCCCAUGCUUGUCGUCGAUGCUCCUGGCCUCAAAUUCACCGAAGGAGUCGAGUACUUCCUGUGCCAACCACCAAAGGGCCAGCCCCCGUGGUUGGGAGACGCUGCCGAACCCCGCAAGAGGUGGUAUGAAGUCUCGGGCGGUGCUGGCUAUGUGGAGCUUAGCGAAGACACAAUCGAGUUUUCCAUUGAGGGUAUCUAUCACAGGAGUCACUGUUGGGUUGCCGCCAAGCAGUGGGAAGCAGGCAUAAGUGGCGGGUUUGUGGCCGAGCCCGAUGGUUAUAACGACUUGCCUCCGCUAGAGGCUCCUCAAUCCGUCUUUGCCGACAACGAUCCCAGCCUUCAGAUGAGCCCAAGAUCCAUGGAUCGUAGCGAAUCGCCAACCGGCAUGGCCCCCGGGUUGGCGUUGCGGAAUUCCUCACCGGGUGCGGGCUUGGCUGCUCCAGGCAGACCUGGCUACCGAUCCAGUGUUGCUCUCGGUCUUGAGCCAGUGGCGAUGCCUGGUGAACAGCGCCGCGCGAGCGUACGCACGUCCCGUGUCUUUACUGGCCGGGAAGGAUCCAUUGGUCCUCGACCUACAAGCGUGAUGAUGGGACGAAGCAGAUCCUCGAGCAACAUGCACGGCAUGGCCAUGGGUUCGCCCGGCUUUGCCAGCCCAGACUCGGGAACCAGCUCGCGCCAGGACUCGCACAAUGGCGGCAGUACAUUUGAUGACAUCCUCAAGGACAUGGACAGCAAGCCUAAGAAGAAGAAGAGCUUUUUUUAA